GGCUCCUGCGGUACAGAGGAAGCGUGAUGCGAUUCUAUCUUCUUGGACUUCUUUUUGUUGCAGAGACUUUUGAUCUGUUUGACUGACAUCAAUCGCUUGGAUUUCAACCAACGAUGCUUGAUCGCAAGGCCGGCAGCAAUCUUUUUCUUCUUCUUAAUAAUUUCCUUCAGACGCUCAUCUUGAGAAGUUCCCAUCUUGGCACCUCGUUCGGGAAGCGACCGUGCAGGAAUAAUGAGCCGACGCCAACCAGCUAACCAAUCGGAAGCCGGCUGCCGCUGAACAAAAAACCCUUCAGAUAACCCUCAGCACGAGAACGCCGUUUCUCUCUGA